AUGUUCCUGCGACAGCUUGGUGGCUGGCUACCUCGCCCCUGGGGCCGCUGGAAAUCAACGAGGCCUGACCUGCCCGCCCCAGAACCCAGACGGAUGGACAGCUCCUCUGAGAAUUCAGGGAGUGACUGGGACAGUGCCCCAGAAACCAUGGGAGAUCUGGGGCCUCCCAAGACCAAGGACUCAGGUGCACAGAGGAGCUCUGGGGCUGCUCCAGAACCAAGCAGGGAGUCCCAAGUUGAGCAACUGGGGUGCAAAAAAAUGGAUUCUCUCAAGUGGGAUGAGACUGUCUCUAGCACUCAAGAGUCUGGGAGAUUGGAGGCUGGAGAGACCAUUCUCAAACCAGGAUGGGAUCCUGUGGACUCAGGUGGCACCAAGAAGCCUGGUGUGUCCCCUGAAGAGGGACUGAGCCCCCCUGGGCUUGAAGCCCCAGCGGAGAAGCCUGGCCAGCGUCAGAAGCUGCUGGGCUGGCUGCGGGGGGAAACAGGUGGGGGAGCAGGGGCUCCCUACCAGUACCUGGGGGACCCAGAGGAGUGUCUGCAGAUAUCCACCAACCUGACCCUGCACCUGCUGGAGCUCCUGGCCUCAGCCCUGCUAGGGCUGUGCUCAAGGCCCUUGCGGGCAGCCUUGGACGCGUUGGGCCUGCGUGGACCGCUGGGCCUCUGGCUGCAUGGGCUACUGUCCUUCCUGGCUGCCCUGCAUGGGCUCCAUGCCGUGCUGAGCCUACUUACCGCUCACCCCCUGCACUUUGCCUGCCUCUUUGGUCUUCUACAGGCCCUGGUGCUGGCUGUCAGCCUCCGGGAGCCCAGUGGGGAUGGGGAGGCCACUGACUUGGAGGGCGAGAAGUUGGGGAGGGAGGGUGAGGAGCAGAGGGGAGACCCAGGAAAGAGGCUGUGACCACGGGGUGGGGUGUGGCCCAGCGUCCCACCCUCAGUGGGUUGGGAGCAAGGGUGAAGAUAGUGUGGGGGCACGAUCCACAUUGUAAGCACAGGGACCUCAGGGAUGGGGCAGAAACCCCAGAGUAUGAGGGCACAGAGGCCCUGCCCCCCUUCACACACAGGAGAGCUGUUUAGGGUGUCUGUGUGUUUAUGGACAGUGGGGGCAUUGGCCUUGAAUUCACCAGCUGUUGUUAAUUUUUGCUUUUACAUUUCUCCCACUUCCAGUUUUUUUUUUCCCACCUCCGCUUUUUAAAAACCAAAAAAAAAAAAAAAAAAGUGUGGUGGUGGAGAAUAAAGACUAAAGGGUCUUCUCUACCUUUCAAAACUCUCCAGGGGUGGAGGAGACUAGAGGCAAGACAGACAGACCUCUGGGUGGGGUAAGAGGGUGGUUCAGAGACUCAAGGGAUCCUGUGGAUCCUGGGAUCUGUGCUAUCUGGGAAAGAGUGGCACUGCUAGGUGGGUGGAUUAGGGGGUCUGGAUGGGGUUCCCACAGGUGAUGGGGAGCCUGCAGGGGGGAUCUGGGUGUUCCUAGGAGCCAGAGGGAGUGGGGAUGGUGCUGGCAGUGUUGGCAGGAGGGCCAGCUCAGAAGGGCUGGCAGCUCAUAGGCAGUAUGGGGAGCACUGGAGUUUGCAGACCCCACUGGGGGGUUGGCUUUGCUCACUCAGCAAUAAAUGUGUCACACCAAAUCCUAAAUACACCACUAAAAGUGA